AAUACGGGAUAGAUUCAACCAGAUACAUAAAUCUAAAGCAUACUCUAACGCGCCCCUGUCAAGAUGCUUCUAAACGCCACUACAGCAAUCUCAACAUCAACCAUCCUCCUAGUCCCAUACUCCAAACGACACGUCCUCAAAUAUCAUGAAUGGAUGAAAGACGAGGAAAUCCAACAAGCAACAGCCUCCGAACCCUUAACCCUUGAAGAAGAAUACUCCAUGCAACAAAGCUGGCGCCAAGACGCUGAUAAACUAACCUUUAUUGCUUGUUUGCCAUUAUCUUCUUCUACCUCGUCGUCUGAGACGGUGGCGUUAUCAGAUCAAGAUGAUGCGCCAGAUCGGAUGAUUGGCGAUACUAAUCUAUUCCUACGACUUGACGAUGACGAUGACAAUGACAAUGACAAUGAUGAUGAUAACAACGACGAAGAAGAGAAAUCAGUAAUAGGAGAACUCGAAUUAAUGAUAGCCGAAACCCGGAAUCAAGGAAAAGGAUACGGGCGAGCUGCUUUAUUGACGUUUUUGUGGUAUGUCGUAACUCACGAAAGGGAGAUAUUAGACGAGUUUCUACGAUCGACGGCAACAAACAGCAACAAAAGGUUGAAGUGCCUGAGCGUCAAAAUUGGGAAAGACAAUACGCGGAGUUUGGCGCUGUUUGAGUCCUUGGGGUUCGAGAAGAGGGCUUCGGAAACGAAUUAUUUUGGGGAGUUUGAGUUGAGACGUUAUGGGUUGGAUGUUGAUGCUGUUGGGAGGUUGGCGGAUGUGUAUGGUUUGAAGGGGUAUAGGGAGGUGCAGUACAAUGAAUAGAUAUACUGGUC